AUGGCGACCGAAGAGCAGGCCCAGGAGAUUGAGGUCCUGCAGUCCAUCUACCCCGAUGAGUUCACACAGAUCACAGACACGCAGUUCACCCUCCGCCUCGUCCUCGAACCCCCCAACAUCCCCGGCCAAUCCCACGAGCCCCCAAUCCUCAACCUGCACGUAACCUACCCCCCCACCUACCCCGACACCGCCCCCGCCCUCGACCUCACCAUCGACGCCGCCUCCCCCACCUCCUCCCUCUCCUUCCCCGACGACAAAGACACCCUCCUCACCGCGCUCGCCACCACAAUCGACGAGAACCUCGGCAUGGCCAUGGUCUUCAGCCUCGCCACCACGCUCAAAGAAGCCGCCGAGGAGCUGAUCGCCUCGCGCGCGCAGGCGGUCGAGGCGCGGCGCGAGGAGCAGCUGCGCGCCGAGGAGGAGAAGGAGAUGGAGAAGUUCCGCGGCACCCUGGUGACGCGGGAGCGCUUCGUGGAGUGGCUGGCGAGGUUUAAGGAGGAGGAGGAGGAGAAGCGGCGGCUUGCGGCGGCGGCGAGGGAGGAGGAGGAGAAGGGGAGGAGGGGGGGCGGGGGCGUGAAGGAGAAGAGGCUGACGGGGAGACAGUUGUAUGAGCGCGGCUUGGUCGGGGGAUGGAUGAUGCGGAGGAGGAGGUGGAUGGGGUGGAGGUGGAUCUGGCAAAGUUGA